GGGGCCACGGGGUAGAGGAAGGGCCGCGGAGGUGGCGCGAGGGUGCCUCAGAUACCACCGCAGCCGCGGCCACUCCCUUAGACUUUGGCCUCGCGAAGACUGGGGGCGCUGUGCCUCCGCCUCAUAAAAAGCGCAGGGCAGGGCCGGCGCGCCAAGCCGGGGAGGCUGUGCCGGGCCCCUGGAGUACGCGCCAGCCCGCGCCCCAACCUGUUGCUGCGGCUGUGGCUGCGCUGCGGGCGCGCCCGGGUCCCGCUGGCCGACGGCCGCCGCGAUGGGCCGCUACUCUGGCAAGACGUGCCGGCUACUCUUUAUGCUCGUGCUCACCGUGGGCUUCUUUGUGGCCGAGCUGGUGUCGGGCUACCUGGGCAACUCCAUCGCGCUGCUGUCCGACUCCUUCAACAUGCUCUCCGACUUGAUCUCGCUGUGUGUGGGCCUGGGCUCCGGCUACAUCGCCCGGCGCCAGCGCCGGGGCCUCGGCGCCACUUACGGCUACGCGCGCGCCGAGGUGGUGGGCGCGCUGAGCAACGCCGUCUUCCUCACCGCGCUCUGCUUCACCAUCUUCGUGGAGGCCGUGCUGCGCCUCGCCCGGCCCGAGCGUAUCGAUGACCCAAAGCUGGUGCUCAUCGUCGGCGCCCUGGGACUGGCGGUCAACGUGGUGGGGCUGCUCAUCUUCCAGGACUGCGCCUCCUGGUUCGCCUGCUGCGUCCGGAGGCGCCGGGGCCGCCCGCGGCCGCCGCUAGCCGAGGGUGUCACUCGCGAUGCUUUAGGGGGGCCCCAGGGCGCCGAGGGCCCACGACACGCGGCGACCCCAACAGCCCCCAGCUUGGACUCGGCUCUGACUCUCCGGGGGGCCUCGGUCGACAGGAAGCAGGAGAAAGGGGCGACCGUGUUCUCCAACGUAGCAGGUGAUGGCCUGAAUACCCAGAAUGAGCCUGAGGAGACUGUGAAAAAGGAAAAAAAGUCCGAAGCCCUGAAUAUCAGAGGUGUUCUUUUGCACGUGAUGGGAGAUGCCCUAGGGUCUGUGAUUGUGGUCAUCACAGCCAUCAUAUUCUAUGUACGUCCCCUGCAACCUGAGGUCCCGUGUAACUGGCAGUGCUACAUUGAUCCCAGCCUGACUGUUGUCAUGGUCAUCAUCAUUUUGUCAUCUGCCUUCCCAUUGAUCAAGGAGACCGCUGCCAUUCUGCUGCAGAUGGUCCCCAAAGGAGUGAACAUGGAGGAGCUGAUGAGUAAACUCUCUGCUGUGCCUGGAAUCAGCAGUGUGCACGAAGUGCACAUCUGGGAACUUGUAAGUGGAAAGAUCAUUGCCACCCUGCACAUCAAGUAUCAGAAAGAUAAGGGUUAUGAGGACACCAGCACAAACAUUCGAGAAAUCUUCCACAAUGCAGGUAUCCACAAUGUGACCAUCCAGUUUGAAGAUGUGGAUUUGAAGGAUGCCUUGGAGCAGAAGGACUUACUGUUGCUCUGCAGCUCACCCUGCAUCUCCAAGCACUGUGCUAAGAAGCUGUGCUGUCCCCCCGGGGCACUGCCUCUGGCCCAUGUCAAUGGCUGUGCUGAGCAGAAUGGUGGUCCCCCUCUGGAGACGUACAGAAUUAGAAGAGACCAAGCAGAAGUGGCUAUUGAUGUGUCUUUGGAUGGCUAUCUGAGCAACCACGGACAAGCUCCUAACAAAACUCAGGAGGACCAACUCUAUGAAAACAGCACACAUUUUUAAUCUGGUACUCACAUAAUCGGACUCUGUAGACAAAGCACUCUGGGAUCUUAACCAGCUUGGCUGUGCAAAGAGCUUUGUGGGUUGUGGGGUCAGACCAAACUCAGACUAUGUGCUCUCCAUGUUCCAUAGAGAUUGGCUGUUUGGGGUAGGAGCUUUAAGUAUCUGUUAACUUUUAUGUGACUGAUGACUGUUUUACUCUGAGUAUCUCAUGCUGCUCUUUAAAAGGCAGUUUUAGGUUGAAUAUGACUUUUCUAAACCAAACUGCUCUAGUGUGUCUAUAAAGGACAUCAAAGGCUAGGACUCAAUCACUGUGGAUGCAGGAUUCAAAAUAGUUUUUGUUUUUAAACUCAUUAGAACUUCUAGCUGACUCCCAAGAGAGCUUAGAGCCUAGGUACACUGUAAAAACUGAAGUGCCAUGAUAGGUGUAUUUUCCCCAUUCCUCUCGAAGAUUAUAAAAGAGGAAAGUUAAGUAUUUCUGGCAUGGCCGAAAUUUUUUUUUUCUUUGAUUCAUUUUUGAAUAAAUGUAAAAUUUCUACCUGUUUAGGUGGAAAAUGUUCUCAGAACAUUAAGGGAGGCAGCACUUAGUGGAGUGGGGGCGGAAAAUUGGUGUUAGACCAUCUCUUCAUUUUGUGAAGUGAGAGAAAGCUAGGUGUUUACUUUCUGCUGUGAACUGAACCAUAGCUGUGGGUGUUUCACAGGUUCAGAUGUGUAAAUAUGUGUACAUCUUUUUCACUUAGAAGUUUUGGACUAUUUCUACUUCCUUCCAAGUGACACAAAUGCUUACUUACUGUCUUUUAGAGUCCGUCUACUUGGGACUGUUUCAUUGCUUUGAUGAUGAUUUACUUAUUUGUCCAAAUUUCCUUUGAGUCGUCUUGUAUUUGAUCACAUUGAUCUAGAUAGCAUCUACCAGGGGAAAAUGUGGAUAGAAUAUAUGACAUUUUCUUCCAGAUAAAUAAGCUAGAUAGGCUUCUCAUUAAUUAGACAUAUUUUAAAUAUUUAUUAUAUUUGCCAACUAGUAGCUCGAUGGCAAAGUUGAUGUCUGAGGAAGAAAAUGAAAAUUUUUAGUUGCUGCUUUCAAUGUGUUUUGAUGAGCUUAGCAUUUUCUUUUAUGUCUGUAAUACAGAUAAGUUUAUUAUAAUCUGAUUCUGACCUAUAACCAAACUACGUUAGUAGUAGAGAAGCAUCUGUCAUGUAUUUAACACAUUGUUUAGGCAUCAGUAUUUAAAUCAAAGCAGGCUCAUAGGUAUAAGAACAUAGGAAGUACCACCGGGGAAAUGGUAUCUUUGAUAAUUUGCAAAAUUGACUGGAAACAAUCUUGUCUUAGGCUGUAAUAUUUGAGUCCUGAACAGAAUCUGCCCAGGAUACAUCAGAAAUACUGCAUUGAUAACAGAGCAUCCUCAUUGAGCAUAAGCAUCACUUGAAAAAUUUAUCUUAGCCUUAAAUAUGAAGGCUGAAAUACAUAAGCAGCUGUGAUUACUAGAAUAGAAAAUUCUUUAUUUGAAAAUCCAUUAUCUGAGAGCAAACUGGCCAUGGAUUAGGUAAAUAGAAAAAUGCCUAAAAAUGUUCUUAUGUCUUGAAAUUUACUGAGCUAGGUUAUAUGCACUUUAUAAGGUAAAACAGGGGUAAAAAGUAAGGAGGACAACAUUUCAAUUUUUUGUGUUAAAAGUAUGGCAUGUACUAACACAAACCAGAAGAUUCUGGAAGAAACUCACUGUAGUCAUAUGUGGGCCAAGUUUUCCUGCAGAAAUAUUACUUGAGAUGCCUUAUUCUGAGCAAAAGAAGAAAUCUCACCUCUUGUUCCAAACUUGAAGGUCUAAUUUGAUUUCACAUCAUUCUUCUUUUAUUGAAAGGGAGAAGUUGUAAUUUCAGAGUUUUUGUGCAGCUGGCUAAAGGAAUGCCUUUGGUUUGCAUCCACACAAUGUUCUUUAAUUAAUCUCUUAAGUAUUUUUUUUUUCUGGAAAGGAAAAGCCAUUUAAUUCCAAUAUAAUUAAAUCUAACCUCAGAACAGGAAUCUUGAUUGGUGCUUAAAAAUAUAUUGAAAGAUGGACUACAGUCCAUGCAGAAUGAUACCUUCUUAAGACAGUUUGGCUGAGUACAUUUAACAGUGUCCAAACAAGCUGAGUAAGUGCAAUAUUUUUGUGCAUUUGCCAUCCCCAGCACCAUGAUGCCCACUGCUAGGGUAUUUUUACUUGGGUUUUACUCUCUCUUUAGUUGUCCUGCCUUUUAAUUCUCCCAAGGAAGUUGUGAGAGUUCUUUUUCCCCCUUUGAAUCAGCCCUGCUGAUUGGGAAUAGCAUCUGGCCAAUAGCAGAUUUGAAAUAAGACUGUUUUUCUUUGAGAUUAGAAAAAUACUGCUACCCAAUUGGUAUUCCUGUAUGUUUAGUUUAGUUUCAGAAAACUCUUCUUUUUUUUUUUUAAACCAGUAAAUAAUUUUUAAAAAGUCAGUUACAUCCUUCUGUGUGUCAGGUCAGGAGCAGUUUUCCUGUAUGUUAAUAAGGCCUUCUACCAUUCCAGCACUUUCCACCGCCCACCUGCCCUUCAAUUUCUAUAGGAAGAGUCCUUUUGACAUUAUUUCAAAACCAGCUAUAGGAAGUAUUAUGUCUGUUUCAUUUUCCAACUUCCAAUUUUGUUUUUGAAAAUAAAAGUUGAUUUUUUUUUCAUAUUGGGCCAUUAUGAAUAUCUACAAGGCUACCGGUCUUCUUGGUUGACAGAAAAAAAAAAAUCCUUCUAACUUUUUGAUAAACUAUCAAUUAAAAAAAACCCAUUACUUGAGCAAGAAUUAAAACUAUCCCCCAAAUACAGUGGUUUAUUUUUUGGUUUAUUUAUUUUUUUGCCACCGACUGAGCAUACAAGUAUGGCAGUAGAACAGGACCCCUGAAGUUCAAUAGGAAUACAUGCUUUGACUGUCAAGUGAUUAACGGUAAAUCAUUGAGAUGGAUCUUGGAUUGUAAUAUAAGGCAGCUGCCCUGUGUAGGUAGUGAGAGAUUUUGUUGUGUGUAAACAAGGCUUUCUCAAUCUUGAGAAAUCUCUCUCAAGGUUUCUCACUUCUGACACUUUGAACUGGAUCAUUUUGACGUGAGGCAGGCUGAGUAUCAUGGGACGUUUAACAGUAUCCUGGCUUCUAUCAAUAUCAUAGUCACAAGUGUCUCCAGGCAUUGCCACACAUUCCCUGGGGCAACAUUACCCCUAGUGCAGAACCCCUAGCUAGAACCAACGGUAGUUUAGGGAUGUUGUUGAUGACAACCCCUCCACAGCCCAAUAGUCCUUCUAAUAUUAUGCAUUCUGUAUAAGUCAUUCUAUUAAAACAAUAUUUUUAAAGACCAGAUAAAAUAAUGUAUAAAAAUUACAAUUAUCUCUACAUAGGACAUUUUGUCAUUUAGAGAAAAAAUAAAAUUUAGAAAAAAGCCUUUCCAAAUCUUGUUACACAGAUAAAUCAUUAUGAUAGAGAAGGAAAUGAAGGAAAAAAUAUUUGCUCUCACUAUCCUGUAAAAUGAUGAUCUCUUCAAGUCAUGAGUAGCCCAAUUUGAUGAGUCCAUUACUACAUGAGAAUGGAUAAUACCUGCAAAAUUGUUUUUGGGGAUUAAGAUGUUUAGUUUUCCUUUAUGUUUAAAAUGGUCACUUUAAAACUUGAUGAUGUUUCUUGUUACUAGUUCCUGGUAAGCAGCUCAUGAUAGUGCUAAUGACAAGUUCAGACAUUAAAAAAAUUCUUUAUUGUUUAUAACUAACUUAAUCCAUUGCUAAAUUAGAUCCAUUGUCUUCAAGAGGGCACAAUACAUUCCCUAAUCCUUAAAGAUCUUUUAAGGCAUUUUUGUACUCUUGCAGUUAAAGACUACAAUAAAGACUAUUUUAGGAUGAGUAUUACAUGAGGAUCACAUGCCCUGAUUUGGAUUGGAUUUCAAAUCUAGAUUAAUGAUCGUUGACUGUAUGGCUCUUCUGUAACUCUACAUUUUACCUGACAAAGAGUUGCCUUUUUGUGCUUCGGAGUGUAUUUAUAUCUGAGAGGCCACAGGCUGGAAUGAGGUUUUUGAACCUACAAACCUGUGUCCAGUGGAACCUGCAUCCGACCAUAAUCCUCAAUGAAAUCUAAAUGUUCUUUUGAGUUUGGAGUUGAGCUGAUGCAAAGGAGUCUUUUUCUGGCACUUCUCAUCUUAGGUAUUUUAUUCCAGACUCUUUUGUUUACAAGGAACUAUCUUGAAUAUUUGCUAGAUAAUCAACCAACACCUCUCUGUAGAAAGCCAGGUCAGAGAACUUGAACCUGCUCUGAAUGCUAAUGAGAACAAUUUGGAAAGGAUGAUUUUUAAGAGAAAGUUAUCCCUUCCUGGAGGUCUGAAGUUAUGUUACAGUAUUGUGGAGUUUUGUUGCUUAAAAUCCUUUUGCCUUCCAAGGUGGUUUUGCCAAAGUGUAGUAAGUGUAAUCUUCACGUUUGGGGGAAUUGUUAAAAUUUAAGAUAUAAAAUUAAAAUAACUCAUUACUGAUUGCUCGUGAGUCCCCCAAUGGUGUAUGUGCAUUUGCAUACCUUUAAAAAGAAAGAUGUUCCAUGGUGCUGUAAAUACAAACUUUUUAACAAAUAAAUAUGACCAAGAUAUAUUGGUGUAAAUUAAAUAGAUAACCCAAAGUACCUGGACUCUUUUUGUGUUUGUCACUUGCUCUGCUAAAUCUAUUACUCAGUGACACCACUGACUGGUUUUAAUGAUUCAGGCAGGGACCCAAGCAGCACUUGAGCCAUUUUCUGCUGGCUUCCAAAUCUAGGUUACAGGAAAGUGCUCAACAGAGAUUUUACUACAAAAGUGGGUAUAUGCUAUGAAGUAUAUACUGUGACGUUUAAGGUUUAAACAUUCUGGUUCUGGGAUCUGUUUGAUUUCAAAUCAAACAUGUUAGGUCAUUGGUCUUUUGAUGUGCUUUGUCAAAGAAUA